GACAGCAACAAACCAGAGAUGCACUGAAGCGACGAAGAGGACGGGUUGUGUUGCGUUAUACCGACGGCUGUUACUCGGUUUAAUUAUUAAAUACUUUAUAAUAGGAUGACAUUAAAAUAAUGAGUUUUUAUACCUUUAUUUUAUUAAAUGUUUGGCUUCGUUCAGUGAAGCAAAGAGUUUGAACGCAGCAGGCUAACGGUCACAUUACAGUUCGUUAGCUUGUUUUGCUUUCAGCCGCGGGGUGUUGAUAUCUUUUGUUGAUAUCUUUAUAGUAUAUAUAUAUAGUUAAUGAAAUCGUGUUCACAGCCUCAAACAGACUCUCCUGUAAGGGUUACAUCCCAGGUCCAUCCAUGCAGCCUGCGGUGGAUGAUCUAACAUGCUAGGACCAUGUUCAAGAAUGUGUUCGGCUCAGGGUUUCUGGUGAGAACAGCUCAUGUUAUUCUGACAUGGGUCAUCACGCUCAUACUCUUCCUACAUGAUACAGAGCUGAGGAAGCAGGAGGAGACGGGUCAGCUGGUCCAGCCCGUGCUCUUCGUCCUGCUCGUGCUGGUGUCAGUGUUGCUCUACUUCGCCGUCUCUCUGAUGGAUCCAGGAUUCAUCCUCUCUGAUGACAGCGACUUACAGUUCACUCUGGGAGUGACAGAGGAGCAGCAGGAUAUGAUCCCCCCCUCCACCAAAUCUCUGCGUCAGAGACGCUGUGGUCACUGUCUGCUGCAGCAGCCAAUGAGAUCCAAGCACUGCCAGACGUGCCAGCACUGUGUGCGGCGGUACGACCAUCACUGCCCGUGGAUCGAGAACUGUGUCGGAGAGAAAAACCACCGCUGGUUCGUUCUGUACCUGGGCGUUCAGCUGCUGGUGCUACUGUGGGGGCUGCACAUCGCCUGGACGGGGUUCAGCUUCGCGCCCACCUGGCAGCUUUGGUUGCGGACUAACGCCACGCUGCUGACGGUGGCCGUCCUCGUGGCCCUGCUCUCCCUCAUCGUGCUGCUGCUGCUCGGCUCUCACCUGUACCUGGUCUCUCUCAACACCACCACCUGGGAGUUCAUGUCUCGCCACCGCAUCUCCUACCUCAAACACUGCGGCGCCGACGAGAACCCCUUCGACCGCGGCACCUUCCACAACCUGUGGGGCUUCUUCUGCUUGUGGGGCACCGUGGUGUGGGAGCAGGUGUACUUCAGGGAGGGCAGCGACCAGGUCUGAAAACCAAACACGCUUAGACAGACUCAAAAAGACGGAUUCAUCGCUCACCAACAACUUUCCUGGAUCAUCACGUUCUCUAAGUUUGGAGAUAAACCCUCCGUGUGUCCUUUCUGCAAACUCUGCAACAUUCACCUUCUUUUACAAAGUUCUAUAUAAAGAUAAGAUAACCUUCCUCAGAUCUAUAAUGAAUGAGUAUUUGAGGGACUUUGCUGGCAUCCAAUCAGUGCAGGCGUUCUUCGAUCAAAUAGGACACGUGAUGUUUAGAAUCAGAAAACCUGAAGAAUACUUUGUUGUACAGUUGUGUUCACUUAUUUAAUCGAUAUUUCAAUCAUUUGAACUCUUUUUAAAAUGCAUCGCUGUAAAAAUAAUUUUAAUGAGGAGGUGUGAUCACAGCUUUUUUAAAAUCUGAAUCCUCUCAUAACAGGACUCCAAUGAAAGUUAAGAAGACUUCAUGAUUUGUUGUAAAGUAUCUUCACUCUGACAAAACGACAAAAAACCAGAACAGAAGUCUGAAGCACAAAUCGCCAGCGUUAAGAAAUAUAAACAAACUCAGGCAGAUGAAAUCAGCAAUCAUAACAGAUCUUGGAACAGCUGUUCUGAUUAGAGAUUACACAACCCCCAACAUUUUGUUUCUGUUCCUUUGAGGCAGGUGUGACUGUUCAUGUUGAUUUGUCCUGGUGGUAUCAGAGGUCCAGCUGAAAAUGAUCGAUGGACCCCAGACAGAAGGAGGGAAUUUAAUCGAGGACGAAAAAAAGUCAGAGAGAGAAAAAAGAAAGAAAAUAUGUCUUGUGGCUUGAGAAGGCUUAUUGAGAAAGUUUCUUAAUAAUACAAAAUAAGGUUCAGAGAUGGAAGAAGUAACCGCGGCUGAUUUCUGUCCCCGGUCAGACCCCGAUUGUUUACAACCAUUCAAGUAUAAAAAAUCCCAAAGAGAGUCAAUUAUGCGUUCUGCCUUCAGGCGCUUUACUGUCCCACUUUGAGCCUCUAAGUGAAGCAAGUCAUAAAAAACUGUUGACUCACGUUGACCCUCAUUCCUCGUCCAGCACUGAAUCAUUAAUGUGGGCAGUAAUGAUGAGUAAUUUAAUGUGUGAAACUCCUCCAGCAGAACCACUUACACAUGUGACUGAUGGACUGUUACUUCCACUGUUUUUUUUAACCUUUUCCCUUUGUCACCUUAAACAGAUGUGUAAAGGAAACAUAUGUUUGAAAUCGAUCCUGUAGAUGAUUUCAGCCUGCAGCAUUGAAACAGGCUGUAACGGCUGCAGAGCCUGAUCACAGUACGCUAAGGCCGUUAUUUUAACUGAAGGAUCACUGCAGGGAUGUAGACCUUUCUGUUCAAGAGGAAACCAGAAACAGCUGUUACAUUAAUGUCUCGUUCAGACCACCACACUGCUUUGACAACAACAGACAUUUUAUCCUGCAGAACAUGGAGGCUAUCGUGUACCACUGCCUCAGUCAGUUCAUAAUAUCCGUGUUAUCGUGUGGUAAAGAGACAUUUUGAUGGAUCAAAGCAACUCACAUGUUCCGCAAGGUAAAACUUCUCUUUUUAUCAAUGGAGUCUGGCUGUGAAGAGAGCAACUUUAGCAGCUGGUGAACAGAAGUCUUCCUGAUCUUAUGGAGUAGGCUGUGACGACAAAAAGCUGUUUAAUAGCUUUCUAUAAAUGCACCAAACCUCAUCCACAAACAUUGAUUUUACUUAAAGUUACACAGGAGAUGCUUGUCUACCACGUUUGGCCUCGUUUAUGGUUAAACAAAGAUUGUGCUGUGUUGAAACUCACCAUUUAAACAUCAAAUUCACACAAUAACAAACAAACUGACAGAUUCAGCCAGCAGCAGAUCAGCCGCUGCCCUGUAUUUCACUCUUUAAAUGACUGUUUUUCUCGAUGUAGUUUGGUGGUUGUAAAGAGAGAGAGAGAUGUAAUGGCUGUUUUUGGUUCCAGGAGUAGUAUCCUCCCUUUUAACAGAACCGCCUUUCUCUGUAGGGAUCCAAAUUAUAUCACCUUAAUUCCCCCGAAAAGGGUCCCUGUCUGACAGGGAUAGUGUUCUGCUGUGAGGUGUAUAUGUGAACAACCAGGUCAGGAGAAUAUCCAGAGCAGUCCUCCUGAAAUGAUCCAGAUAUUUUCAGGAGUGUAGUUGUGAAAGCAGCUUAGGUUCCCCUUAAGGUCUUUGUUUAUUCUCCCACUUGACCCUCACUCCUGUGUCCUCCACUGAAUGAUUCAUGUGAGCAGUAAUUACAUGUGAAACUCCUUAAAGUGACACACAGUGAACCAGAUGAACAGACUGUUAAUAAACCUCCAGUUUACUUUGAACACAGAUAAAACUAUGAUUAGAUUAGAUUAGUUUUUUUUACUCUUUAAAGUGUGUGUGUUGACUGUGUGUUGUUGGUAUGAUGCUUCUGUUCACUCAGAUUCUGACCGUUUAUCGUGUAGAAAUCGGAGUUCUUCUCGUUCUGUGUAAUGCGUUUAUUUAACAAUCAGAGUGACUUGACAAAUUCUGAUCAUGUUUUUUCAAAUGUUUAAAAUCUAACGUUGAAUUUUUCCUAGCUUUGACUCCCCUCCUGAUGUUUUGACUUUAAACAGCAUUUGAAGCUAUUUUAUAUCGUUGUAAAUAAUCUAAACGGUUUCCACCCAGGACUCGUCUUUCCAUCUUUGAUAUGACUGUUUGAUAUGAAUAACUUAGAGACUUAAAUGAAAAGUAUACCUGAGGAGAUUUGAGUGUAAUACAUCAUCUGGUAUCUGAAACCUGUUCCUUCUUGUGCAAUAGUAACCCAGCAAUAAAUGUGUUUACUCUAUGUACAGCUGACUUUAUAUGAAUGAAUAUUUAAUUCAUGUUGUGUACUAAUGAAUCAUAUGCAGUGUGUUUUUUUACUACUUUGAAACGACUGUACACUGCGAUCAAUAAAUCAAAGUUUCAUGAA